CGCAUCUCCAUUAUCUAUCAGAUGUAAAUACCUGAGUAUUUAAGUAAUUAAGCCCCGGAUCAUUGACCUGCUUGCAUACCGACUUACCAUGGCUAACUCUGUGUAGUAAGAAUGUGCCGGUUCUGCAUUGUUCCUGCAGGACGAAUGCUGCAGGCACAAAAUUGACAUGCAAGGUACAGUCGAUGAAUUGGCCGAAAGAAGGCGAUUGGUGUGGAGAGGACUGCAUGUACUCUCCAACAGGCGGUACUUCGUCCGUUUCUGGGCUUCAUCAACAGGCUACCCUGACGUAUCUUGGUUUCCAGCACUGUGGGAGCCGGGUAGCAGGCCGCAUAAUGGGAGGCAAAUUAGCUAGAAGGUCUCUCGCUGGGGGUCCUGUCGAGCCGGAAGGCUUCCACGGAACCAGUUAUGGGUACGUUCAGGUACCUGGCAAGUCGGAACUCCCAGUAAAGUGUCUAGGCACUUUGGCGGUGGAAUGAUCGCCUGGCCCUACCUAGCCCAUGAUAAGCUUCCUGAUUUGGGACUCUAAUCCGAUAGAAGGCCGGUCCACCGCUUAAUUAGUAGCAUUCAUACGUAGAGUACUGAGA